AUGAAAAAAAAAGAAACCUUUAAUGAUUUAGAAGCUGACAUGUCUUCAAAUAUUUCACGUGAUUCAAAUAAAAAAAUGAGAAAACGAAAACAAUUUGAUUCUUUAAUGAAAUUUCAUUUAACAAAAAGUAAUUCGAAUGAUGUACUUCGAAGUUCUGAAGACGAAUUAUUUAUCCAUCAUCGAAAAAUCCCGGUCACUAAGCUUUUUGUUUUAACUUAUGCAAAUAUUGAAUUGAAAAAGGAAGUUCAAAGUCUUUCAUCACGUAUUAAUGAAAUUGAAAAGAAAUUUUUGAAUGUGGAAUUGAAUAAGAUUUUACCAGCAAUUGAACAAAUGAAAACUCGUGUUAAUUUUCUUGAAAAUUGGAAUUUUUCAUUUGUUUAUAAUCAAUUACAAAAAUUAAAAGUUCAAAUGUUAUUAAAUAACAAUAAUGUUAUCUCAUCUAAUCGGGAGAAAAUUGAACAUAAAUUAACACAUUUUCCUAAAACAACGAAUGAUUUGCAUAAUUUAAAUCAAGAAACAGAAAUUCGAUUAGAAAAUAUGACGGAUAAAAGUAUAAUGAAAUGGUAUGAACAAUUCAAUUCUCUUCGGCUUCAAUCAAAAUAUCAAAAUACAAGAAUUGAUAAAACGUCUGGAGCAAUUAACUAA